AUGUGUCAUGGCGUAAUUUCAACAGGUUACAGAGAAGUGAGACAGUGUCCAAAUAAACCAAGAUUUCCCCAAAUUUAUGAAUAUUGUGCGCUAAAGCACCUUAUUUCUUCAUGCAUUAAUGGUAAUGCAUGCAAGGAAACAACCUAGACUCGAUGAUGGGUAUUUGGACAAAAGAGACUCCCAUCUUUACCAGUCGAACAAGUACCCAUCAAAGACCUACAGUGAUCGUUACUCCAAGAGGGAAGAUGGACGCUCCCGGGGUGACAGUCCUGCAAGCCGUAAUAGUCCCAGAUAUCUCCACAAAAAACCUUAUAAUGAGAAAGAUAAGGGCAGAAUGGAAAGAGGAGCUUACAGUUCUCCAGACAAGAAGGUUAACCACGCCUCUACAGCCUCAUCAUCUCAGGGGGGAGGUAGUCAGAAUGGCAGCAGUUAUGACAAGGUCAAGGCCAACCACAGGGACCACAAACAAGAGGUUCAGAAGCCAGCUUUGCGGACUUGUGGGGAGUGGUCCGAGCAUGUCAGCUCCUCUGGUAAACAGUAUUACUACAACACCCGGACAGGUCUGUCACAAUGGGAGAAACCCGACGACUGGAACGACUCAAAAGUUUCCAGAAGUGACAGCAGAAAUAGAGCCCACAAUGACAGAGAUUCUAUGGCAAGAACCAAGUACAGUGGUGAUCGGGGAAGUUCUGGGGGAGGAGAUCGGGGAGGUUCUGGUGGAGGAGACCGUUCAGCCAAACGACAGGGCAAUCUGGAGUUCAAUCCAAGCUUACACAAUGAGAAGCCAGACAAACAUUAUCUCAUUCAAAAGUUCCAAGACAGUCAGCGGCAGGCCCAGAUUGAAAGCCGUACCCCCACCGUCGGCGGAAAAUCAAAGGACCGCUACUUCAAGGAGUCCGGCACGGUUAUUGAUCACAGUGGUAGUAACAAUACGAACCGAAUCCGACGCGAUAGUGAUCACAGGACUCCACACCGUAGACAUGGAGCUCAGGUAGAUGACAUGGACAUCUCACCUGACACUUCCCCCAGUUCUAGGCCCUCCAGCUGUGCUGGGACCCCCCAGAUGGGGCCGGCCUCCACCCCCAAUACAGCAGGGGGACACCCCAGUUCUACCCCCUCAUCCAGUGCCCCCUUCAUAGCCAACAUACCCCAGCUCAUCAAUCAGAUCAGCGGGGGACAGAACAAUCAAGAACUCACCAACAAAGCUUUACAGACUCUGCAGAAGCUUCAGGAAGUAAUCAGUCGGCAGAUUGCCCAACAAACGACCCGGGCGAGUACAUCUCACGCCCAGCAUAGUUCUCUGUCCACGAGCACAGCAGUGGCUGCCCACCCAGCCCUGACCCGGUCAUCUCAGCACCCCUCAGACUACAACAGUGUCACCCCUCACACCCACUCCCAAACUCCCCAAGUCUCCAGCCCUCAUGUACCUGCCAAUCAUGUCAACCACAUCCCCUCCCCUGCCUACACGUCGGGGGGUGGGGUGUACGGUAAACUGGGUCAGAGUCAGCAGCAGCAGCAACACCUGGGUCACCAAUCCCCCUACCACCAGCUGCAUGUGGACACCAGUAACGGUCCAUACGUCCUUGGCUCCACGGCGGGACAAAGCCCAAGGUCGGACCACGGCCAAAAAUCUUCUUGUGCUAGUCCUUCAAGUACUACCAGUUCACAAGAUCUUCCAGUGGGUGUGGGUGACAUAUCUGUGACUGGCCUCAAUCAGACAAACUCUCCCAACGUGUCGUCGUCACUGAGUCAGUACUAUAACGAAAAGUUGAUAAGUCACGUCACUGGCUGGCACGGGGACCAAGCUGAAAGACAGGCUCGGCGUUACUGGGAAGAAGGCAUUAGUGUGGGCAGCUUUCACUGUGGCCAGGUGGGAGUGGAACUAAAGAGGUCAAGGUCAUUAGUGAGGCUGGCAGAGAUCCAGUCCACUCUCCAUGAACAAAGAAUUUUAUUUUUAUCAACACAAGUGCAUGAACUGGAAAGCAUGAAAGCGCCUAGUUUCUCAUCUCAUUAAUUGGAUCAUCCCAAUAGAAGACUCAUCCUUGUUGUCCCAGAUGCUUUGCUGUUUUUGCAUUAGAGAUCCUCCGUUGGACGGGAGGGAUUCGUCAUGUUUACGGAACUUUCAGCCAGACCCUAGCAGUCUCGUCAACAGCAUUCGUGUCCAAGCUUUUUGUUCUUUGUAAAGAAAACUGCAUCUUUUACUGAUACUUGGAUAAAAAAAAAUAUUUUUAAAUUAUUUUUUUUUUAAACUUGAAUAUCAGUUGAAUUGUGAGUCUGUAGUUGUGAUGCUAUCUUAAAUUUUUUUUAACAAAGAUCUGUAAAACUGUUCUAGUGAUUUUUAAAGAUACAGACUAACUGAUUUUUUGUAUUUUAUGAUUAGCAAGUCAUUCUCUUGUAAAAGCCAAAUUCUUUGUAACCAAGAUUGUAACAUUAUGUCAAUGUUUGAACAAAACUAUGUAAUAAUAUUUCUUGGUUGUGAAUUAUAGAGUAACAUGCCUAAGGCUCAUUCAACAGAAUUUCUAUAGAAAACAAACUUUCUGAAAGUGCUAGAAUUGUGUACAGGAUUUGUAAAUAGUUAUCUGUGGAUUAGAAAUGUUAUGGUCACACUGUCUGGUGGCUCUACACUGGACAGGCUCCCACUGAAAUCCACCGCACACGUUUGUAAUCUGUAUUCUACCAUCACUCUGUAAGCAAUAGAACAACUUGAAUUUGUUGCAAUAUUUUUUUUUAUCCCUACCUGUGCAGAGGACACAGGGUAUUUUAACUUAUAGUCUGUAGAGAAAAUAUUCUCUGUUAUAACGAGGAUUUCGUAGUAGAGAGGACGAGAUCUGGCGCUGUCAGAGUUAUCGUCCUUCACUUUGUCAUUAGUUUCUGGAAUAUUUAUUCUACUCUGGUAUCAAAAUCAUUGGAACAGUAACUUUUAUUGUCCUUUCCUUUUUAUUUUGGUAAGUGGGAGGGGAGAUGUUGAAUUGUCUGUGGAUAUACAGAUACCAGCAUUUCUGAUCUGGGACCAGGCCAUGAUUGGUCAACAUCAUUGUAAGUCACCGUUCCCUGACUGUGAAUGAAGUGUGCAGAUAUUUAUGUGUGUGACUGUUGGCUUACUGAGCAGGGUAUGCUUUUGUUUGUAUGUUUGUGUGCAUGUGUGAAAAACUGAUAGGAAGGAUGACUAAGAGUGUAUAGGGGUGAAAAUCUGUAUUCCUUUUUUCUUUUCUAACAAAACCAAGUUUCAUGCAUAAGCUUUUCUGCAUCCAGUUGUUUUGGAGAGCAUGAAGGGACAAAAUAAUUACUUGUAUAUUUCAUUAUUCUUGAGCAAAAAACUAAUUAUUAAAAUGAUGUCAACACAUGUCUAUUUUUAUACUAUUUUUUUUCUUAAGCCUUGAUUUAGUGAAAUCAAUGGCUGGUGAGAGAGUGGGCGUGAAUGACGUGACACGGGGGCGGAUCCUGGCGUGUUACAAGUCUGUGUGUGUGUUCAGAGGGGACACAAGCUUCUGUGUAUUAUCUGUGACGGUACCUGAUUGGUUGCCGUGUUUCCUGUUUCCGGUCUGCACCAGGACCGGAUAUAUUUAGCCUCAAACAAGCGGCGAAUACUAAGGCGGGAUAACUCUGCAGCUUCUACAGUGAGAGUUUAAAUUGUAGAUAAUAUGUUUAAAUAUCUGUUAAAAAUAAAACUGAAUUCAGACACGAAA